AUGAAUAGGCUUCCACCGGAAAUCCUUCCUCUGAUUUUUGCGGAAAUUUGGGAUCUGCACCCUGAAAGUCUACGAGCCUUGAAUACAGUCAAUAGAGCGUUCUACGAUACGGCUGCGAGUUUUCUCUAUAGAACUCUUACAAUUCAGUUCAAUGGCCACCAGGAAUUUGAACAAGUCAUUACAACUGUCUUGACCAGCCCGAUCAGGGAAAAUUUGUACAAGCACCUCCGGCAGCUUGACAUUGUCUGUGGCCGAGCACGGUUACAUCUGGGCUCCAGCGCCGAGACGCCAAUGGAUCAAAUUGCGAUCCCAGGAGAUGAUAUCCAUUAUGGUCUCAUGAGGGAGUCUGAACCCCCUGAUACCCCGAAGUGGGAACUACUAGCCUCACUGCUUGGCAAGACGCAGCAUCUGGUGGAGCUCAACUAUGCGGUUGUGGAUAUGUUUCCACAGGACUUAUUGAAAGCCCUACAUCAGUAUCACCCAGCAUGCAGGCUCAACCUGCACGCUUUUCGCCUCAAAAGUAUCGAUUCACCGCAGUUUGAACCUUGCGAGAUGGCUCUCAUUCGGUCCCCGUGUCUCCAUGGGGUUCGGUAUAGGUAUUGCGAGCUCGAGGAAGAUAAUACCAUGGCGAUUUCUUAUGGGGAGAAGCUCUACAAGAUUAUGUCUAUUGCUCCUAAUCUCAAACAUUUCUAUGCCGGGGUUCCGGAUCCGUUAGAAUGGGGUCCUCCUGGCGCUAUUCCCAAAGCAGAAGGGCUUGAUCCAUCGAUCAAGGCUUGUAAUAUGGGCACACUGAAGUCACUGUCAUUGCGAUGCAGGUCAUUGCGCGAAGAGACACUUCAAGAAGCGAGCCUACAUACAGACUUUUCUAAAUUGGAGUCACUCAAUUUGGAUUACGUUAGAUCGAAUUGUAUCCCAAGGGCAAUUGCCUCGACACAUUCUUUCCGUGCCUUGCGGAAGGUGUCUGUCGUCCUUAGCCACGACUUGAAUAUAGGAGCAAUGCAUCUAAUGUUUGAAUCGAUCAAUCCGUUAACUCAUCUGGAACUCAGAAGCUCUUUGUUUUCUAGCGACUUCGAGAGGAUUCUCAUGCGUCACGGCCCUACAUUGCAAGGUCUACUGCUUCUUCCUGAACCCAACUAUCCUAGGUUAUGGACACCAAUGAUGCCGGAAGGAGGUUGUGCUAACCAGGUGUUGCAAUAUGCUAAGCUCUGUCCUCAUCUAAGGAGCUUGCAUAUGGAAACUCGGCGCACAACCGGAGACAAUGAUGAAAUACGGCUUUAUGAAGCGUAUGGUCAAUUUCCUUCCCUCGAAAACCUCACCCUGGAUAUGGAAUGUAGUAUUCCGCCCGACCGAUCGUACGAUCCGAAAAUAGUGGGGACUAAGAUGGCUGUGGUGGCUAGCAAAGCAUUCAAUACAACGCUUGAUCCGGUCAUCUGCCACGCAAUAUGGCUUACAAUUACAUCAAGCCAAAAAUCUAGUCGGCUGCGAAAAUUGGAGCUUAAUCCCCACGGACGCCGCAUCGUGGAUGCGGGUGGCCCUGAUCUGGACAUACUCAGUAUUGCGUACGAGCAUAUGCGAUCAUACAUUUUACGAGCAGAAAGUUUUGACAAACAAGAGCUUCCUGCUGUUGUCGAAGUCGACGUUCAUGGGCCAUAUUCGGGUCGUCGUUACACAGAGAGACUUCCUACGCAUUCCCGGCAGCUCGAAGCAUUACGCCAAGUUGAUCACGCAUUUGAAACCGCAGCGGUUGGUAGCUACGCCGCUAAUGAUUAUGUGUUGUAUCCAGCUUGGCGGUCCGAAUGGUUGGCGUUUCCGCUACAAAGGCUUGCUAUGAAUAUUUUGGCCAACAAGGGCAAGAGACCUCGGCCAGGUGGCGAUAGUGAGGCUGAGGAUGAGCGUGAGACGAAACUACCUCGCAUUGCACAGUGA